AUGGAACAGCAAGAUCCCUUAUCAAACAAUACCAACAAUAAUAACGAUAUUGAAAACAAUACCACCACUACAACAACAACAACUAAUAUAAAUAAUAACAAUAAUAAUAGUAUAGAAAUAAAUAUGCCAACUAAUGAAGAAAACGAUAACAACACAAUUACCCAAUCAACAGAGGAACCUGAGGAUGGAUCAUCUUAUGAAUAUAUAUCAGGCCAAAGAGUUUGUAUUAUCAUAGACUCUGAUGAAAGUACAAAUAGAGCACUUAAUAAAGCAAUGGAUUCAUUUGAUAAAACCAAAGAUGAAUUAUAUUUAUUAACAGUCACAAGUUCUUUAGAUUUUUUAAAUGAUGAAAAAAAUGAUGCAAAACUUUCGCUCUACAAAUAUGAACAUUAUUUUGACUCUAUUGGUAUCGACUAUAUACCUAUUUCAGUAGAGGCAUAUAAUAUAUCAUCAAAGAUUGUUUCAGAAAUUGAAGAAAAUGAAAUUGAUAUCGUUUAUGUUGGUGCUCAAGCACUUUCACAUGUUUCAAAUCCUGAUAAUAUUAUUUUUUCAGUUUUUAGCUAUAUUAAACAAACUGUUUUAGGUUCAAUUGUUUCAAAUUUAAAGAGUUCGUCAGAGAAAAUUGGAUGCAGUUGGAAACUCGAAAUUGUAAAUUAG